AUGGCAUGGGGGAUUGAGAAUGAUUGUUUUGGAGAACUUGGUCGAAGUAACUGUGAAUUAGAAGUAUAUAUUAAAAAGAGUUAAAUUUAAGGACAUUGGCGACAAGGAUUUCAUAAAACUGUACAAAGGAAAGUGAACAAGUGCUAUGGGUUUUGCGGGGCUUAAUUUCUCUGGAAUUCAACAUUUUAAUCUGCACAGUGAUCAGAGUUCAUUGGUGGUUCAAUAGAAAGUUUGGGUUCAGAGAUUCAACCAAUGCACGGUUGGGUUUGAUAUUAAACCGAAAGCAUGAAAACGUGCCUUGUUGUUGUAUUUGGCUGGCCCUGAAGUGGAGACCAUUUCCGACGAUUACGACAACGCUGUGGAAAAGCUUACUGAGUAUUUCGCACCAAAACAGAAUGUGUUAUACAACUGUGCCAUAGAUUUUGCCAAGCAAAACGUGUAGACGAAUCUAUUGAUCAGUUUCAUACCCGAUUGAGACAUCUUGGGGCUACUUGUGAUUUUGGUGAUUUGGAUGACGAAAUUUGUAUGCAGAUUGUGGAGCACUGCUGAUCACCUCGUUUACGAAGAAAAGCCCUUCGCGACAACACAAAACUUAGUGAUUUAAUUGGAAGUAAACCAACCGGAAUUAAACAGCAGUGUGUCAGAACAAAGCAGUUCAAGCACAGUGAAUGACAUUAAUCAGAGCAGAAACAUAGAACUUUUUUAUGACGGUGGGUGUUAUCCAAAAUUGUUUGAAGGAAUAGGCAAACUGAAAGGCCAUGAGAAGAAGAUACACAUAAACAAGGACAUUCCACCAGUAGCUGAAACAUACAGGAGAGUACCUUUUCACUUGCAAAAGCAACUUGAUGAAUGGAUUGAAGAAUAUAUUGAAAAAGACAUAAUUGAGCCUGUUGUAGACAAAUGUACAGAGUGGGUUAGUGGACUUGUUGUCACACCCAAGCCAAGAAAUCCAAAGGAACUUCGGGUAUGUGGAUAUUAUAGACAAGCCAAUAAAGCAGUCAAGAGAAAAAGGCAUCCCAUUCCAACUGUUGAAGAGCUUAUGGAAAACAUGGAUGGUGCAGUAAAAUAUAGUAAAGUUGAUUUGAAAGCAGGCUACCACCAAAUACCCCUUGACAAAAACUCACGAUCGGUGACAACUUUUACAACACAUCAAGGACUAUUUAGAUAUAAGAGACUACCCUUUGGCAUCAAUGCAGCAAGUGAAGUUUUUCAAAAUGCAAUUGAAAGAGCUAUCCAAGGACUAGAUAGUAUUAAAAACAUUGCAGAUUACAUCAUUGUCUGGGGCAAUACACAACAACAACACGAUCAGAGGGUAGAACAAUUAUUCGCAAGGCUUCAAGAGAAACACCUUACUGUCAACCCUGAAAAAUGCCUGUUCAACCAGACAGAACUUUGGUUUUAUGGAUUGCAUUUGACAUCAAAUGGUAUCAAAGCUGAUCCGAGUAAGGCCGAUGCUAUAAAGAAUUGA